ACAUCCAACAUGGAUACCACUAGAUCAUCAAUAAAUAAGCCAUCUCUCCACGACCAUCCUCUUUUCCUUUCAGCUAUGUUUACCUUAAGCUUCUGUGAUGGCUGCCACCUAAAAGGAUACAUGUAUGGUAGCUACUUUUGCAACGAGGUUUCCUGUAGUUUUCGGCUCCAUAAAGAGUGCGCGGAAGCUCCACUAGAGAUCAAUCAUCACCCUUCUCACCCGGAGCAUCCUCUCUUACUCACUAAUGAAUCUCCAACAAAAGAUGGUACAUGUGAUUUUUGUGGACAAAAGCUUUUGUCCCCAUAUUAUUCUUGUUCCACAUGUGCGUUCAAAGUGGAUUUCAUUUGUGGGAUUAAACCCUCGCCUAGUGCUAUUGAACACCCGGUGUGUCAUGACCACCCACUCGUGUUUUUGAAGAAAAGAGGGGAGGAAAAGGUCCAUUGUGAAUUAUGCAAGGAAUCUAUUGAUGGUGGACCUUCUUAUUCAUGUCUUGAAUGCAACAACAUGUACUUUCACUUGGAUUGUGUUCAUCUUUCCAAAGAGGUAAAUCAUCCUUGUCACCCUAAUCACCCUGUUAAGAUCAUCGCCUCUGAGUCACUUAAAGACGACGAUUAUGCCGAAAAGAGUUGUCGUUUCUGUUCAGUUGAACCAACAAAGAUGAUUUAUCAUUGUUCUGUUUGCAAUUUCACUGUGUGCCUUGGUUGUACAAAGCUUCCACCACCUCUCAUUGUUGAUCAUGCCAAGACUCACAUGCAUCCACUAAGGCUCGUUCUAACUAGACUGGGGUUUACUUGUAAGGUUUGUGCAGUUCAAGGUUAUGGAUCUAAGCCUUAUAUAUGUUUCGAUUGUGAUUUUGUUAUCCACGGAAAUUGUGUCGGCUUUCCCCACGUCAUAAACAUCAAUCGUCAUGAUCAUCGCAUCCUUUUCACAUGUCACCAUGGUCGUGGGCGUCCAAAAUGUGAAGUUUGUUGGGGAACUAUAGAUGAGUAUUGUGCAGCUUAUAUUUGCUCAGUUUGCCCUAACUACACAGUUCACUCACGAUGCGCAUUUCAUUAUACUGUAUGGAAUGGGGUGGAGCUGGAAGGGAUACCUGAGAAAAAGGAAGAUGUUGCGCCAUUCAAAGUGGUCGGACCUAAUUUGAUACGUCAUUUCAGUCAUGAAAAACAUAUUUUACUGCUCUUGAAGGAUUCUGUCAUGCUACAUAAUUACUACGACUGGUUACGAUGUGUAGCAUGCCAACUUCCGGUCAGGUAUGGCCCGAUCUACAGUUGUAAGGAAUGUCGUUUUGUUCUUCAUGAAAAGUGUGCCUAUCUUCCUAGGAAGAAAAGACUUAUCUUUGACCCCUCGCCAUACACGUUGGAAUGUGAUAACCCAGAAUUAUAUAUAUAUUGCAAGUUAUGUGGAAUGUUGUGUGAUGGUUUCAUGUACACAUCACAAGGAAUUAAGAUGACAUAUCACUAUAUAGAUGUACAUUGCAGCUCCCUUUCCCAGCCGUUAAUCCAUAAUCUGCACCCCCACCCCUUGUAUUUUUGUACAAGAGAGUGUCAUUGCGAUUUAUGUGAUAGAUAUGCAGCCUACAAGCUCACUUGUGGUGAUUGUGGUGGUGAAUUUACUUUGUGUUUUUACUGUGCUACUUUGCCAGAAAAGAUAUGGUAUAUGAGCGAUGAACACCCACUCACUCUAUCUUGCGACAGAAAUGCGAGCGGCCAAAAUUGGUGCGACGUUUGUGAAAGUGAACUAGAUCCAAGUAAAUGGUUCUAUACAUGCUCUGAAUGUCAAUUAGUCUUGCAUGUUCGAUGUGGACUAGGAGAUUUCUCACGUCUCAAGCCAGAAAAGCUUUACACCUUUGGGGAAAGAGAUUACAAAGUGGUCCUUAACAAUCACUACACUCGGCCAUUUUGCAGCCAUUGUCUAUGUCGGUGCAAGGUCCCCGUCAUCUUAAAGGAUAAUGGUAAAGACAAUGGAUUCAUCUGUUCCAGGACAUGUUUAUCGAGCUGUUUGGGUAUAGAAUUUGUAUAACUCCAAGGACCAGAAUGUAAUAGAGAGUGAUAUUGUGUCCCAGUGAAGG